AUGCAACGUCUAUCCUGCCUUUGCGUCCUGCUACUGGGUGCACUAAUUCACCAGACAACUGCAUUUGCAUCUCAGAGAAAGUCAAUUGCGUUUCCUUUGCAACAGCGGAAUCAUGCUGCACCUUCCACAGGAACCAUCAUCAUCCAGCCAUCAACCGUAAAAGUUGUCCAUGACUCCUCCUCGCGCACAUCACUCUCCGCUUCUAUGUCCGACGGAACGCCCCUCCAACAGUCCCGCAGAGCACAAGUGGCCAAGCUAAAAAGGAAGAAAAUGAUCAACACUUCCUAUUUGUUCAUCAUGUGGUAUGUCUUUAGUGUCCUUUACAAUAUUUUCAGCAAGGCUGCCUUGAAUUUGGCUCCCGACUUGGCGUGGACCACGGCCACCUUGCAAAUGUCACUUGGAUUGCUCUAUGUCAUUCCCCUAUGGUUGACUGGUUUGCGAAAGAAACCCGAUAUAUCACCAAAGGAUACGGUCCGACUCCUUCCGGUGGCAAUUUUGCACUCGUUGGUGCACAUUGGCGGCGUCGUCUCCAUGGGUGCUGGAGCGGUGUCGUUCACCUACAUUGUCAAGGCUUCCGAACCAGCAGUAUCCGCCAUCUUGUCAGCAUUGACCGGUAAUAUUCUACCACUAUCGGUCUAUGCCACUCUCAUUCCUGUCAUGGGAGGAGUGGCCAUUGCGUCUGUUUCGGAACUGAGCUUCACAUGGAAGUCUUUCAACUAUGCCUUUUUGAGUAACCUUGCCAGUGCAGGGAGAGGGAUUGUGGGCAAAAAGACAAUUGCUAAGCGACUGGGUAAUAGCAUGACAGCAAGUAAUCUGUAUGCUCUUCUCACCAUGCUGGCAACCAUCAUGCUAAUUCCAGUGGCACUAUUCAUGGAGGGUUCGGUACUCAAGAGUGCCAUGAAAAGCUUAGCAGCAGUGGACAAGCGUGGGGCCUAUUUCCUUCAAACCUUUGGUGCCAGUCUUACCUACUACCUCUACAAUGAGGUUUCCUUUCUGGCGUUGGACAAUGUCUCACCCAUAUCACAUGCACUAGGCAACACGUUGAAGCGUGUUUUUAUCAUUAUUUCCAGUAUGUUCGUAUUUGGUAAUCGAAUGACGGGGCAAGGAUGGAUUGGAUCGACUAUGGCAGUCGGAGGCGUCUUUCUCUAUUCGGUGGAGAAAACUCGACAAGCUAAGUUGACAAAGGCCAAAGGAAAAGGAAAAUAA